CCAAAGGUUGUUCAGGUUUAUCAAGAGUGUAAAACGGUCACCAUGUCGUUCUUUGGAAAGCAAUUCAAGAAAGUUAAGGCGGAAAAUGCUUUGGAGGUCAUUGGGAAACUUAAUCUCUCUGCUCAGACCGUGGCACUCCUGCGUAACCCUGAGUCCGUCUCAUCCUUCACCAAAAACGCCGAUGGUUCCAUCCAAUAUGUUGUCAAAGACAACACUGGGAAAGUCGUUCUGGACGAGAAGAUUGUCCUAUCAGCCCUCUCGGAAUAUAAGAGCCCUGAUGGCGUGGUAACCAAAAUCAAGUUCGACCUUCAAGGCGAUGUUUUGAAGUCUGAGAUGCAUUUCCCUGAUGGAAAGAUCGUCCAUAUGGAUAGACAUUUUGAAGCUAACGGCUACAAAAUGGAACUGUACCUCCAGGGUGCUGCGGAAAAAGCCACAGUUUAUUACGAAGCGCUUUGAAUAUAUGUCACAUAUUAUAGUACUUUAAUUUA